UUUUACCUUUUUCCAUGGACAAAUGGUGCAGCCUUUUUAAGUAUAAUGCUUGUAAUAAAUGCAAACUUUUACUAAUGUAAAAAUGUUGAAUCAGUCUCAUUGGGGAUGGUGGGUGGCGUGAAAAAGCAUUGUUCUUUGUGUGAGUGGAUGUGGUGUUUUGUGUGUGUGGGCCGAUUUUUAUAUAUAUUUAUUAUUGAUUGAAAAGAAAAGAGAGAGAAAGCAACUUGUGGAGGGGUUUGUCAUCACUCUGCUUAUCUCUUUCCUCUGUCUCUCUCCCCCCAUAAUAAUCAAUUGAAUGCCCUGAUUUUUGAUCCAUCUUCUCCCUCCUCUUUAUUGCUUCUCCUACAGAAAUAUCUGUUUCUUCAAUCAAGAUUUUAUCUUGAAAAAAAUUCCUGAGAAGAGAAUUGAAGCAGCAGAGAUAUGUAAGAGAAACCAACCAUGCAGGAAAUUGAUCACCACAGCUCAGAGUCAAAUUGUUCAACACUAGCAGAGGAGAUGCAUGCAUCUAAGAAAAGAAAGGUGGCUGAGAGGACUGUGGUGGCUGUGAAAAUACAAGGAAAUGAUAAAAGGCAGCACAGAAAUGAAGGUCCUCCUUCUGAUUGUUGGUCUUGGAGGAAAUAUGGCCAAAAGCCCAUCAAAGGCUCACCUUAUCCCAGGGGCUACUACAAGUGCAGCACAUCCAAAGGCUGCUCAGCCAAGAAGCAAGUGGAGAGAUGCAAAACAGAUGCAUCAAUGCUGAUAAUCACAUACACAUCCACCCACAAUCACCCGGGCCCUGAUUCCACACUAGCCACAAACCACAAACAAGACCCAGAUGAGAUCAAUGAAGAAAUCACUGAUGAUCAGCCCACAACUCCCAAGCAAGAGCAAGAAGCAGAAUUGACGAUUCCUGAUCAAGAAACCAACGGUGAGGAUCGCUUCCAAUACUCCCAGUCUCCAUUCAAUUCCAAUCAAGAAGACAGUAAUUUCCAAGAAAAUCUGGAAACUUCUUCGGUGCUUUACGAUCAAGAUCCGAAGCCGUUUACUCAUGGUGGUCCGAUGGAGUUUUCGUCGGAGGAAAAUGACUUCUUUGAUGAGCUUGAGGAACUGCCCUCGUCUUCAUUUUUCAAAUCCUUCAUGAGAAGCAGUUUCUGUAAGGAUAGGAGUAUUGUGAAUCCCUCUUGAUUAUCCAGGUAGAUGGACAAGGGAAGUUCCUGUACAUAGAUCUUUGUUUUGUAUCUUGUUCAUAUGAAAAAUACUCUUAAGUAGCCAAAGUGGUAGUUGGCUCAAUUUUCCAGCUCUGGGCCUCGUGCUUCUGCUUUCUAGCACUUGAUACACGUGAUAAACAAAAACACCAACACUGAUUUAGAGAGGGAAAGAAGCAGAUAAGGCAACAAGUAGUAAAUUUGUGUAGUGGGUACUUUAGCUCUCACCUGUCUUUCCAACCACGAGAAUCACAGGAUAGUGUCCUUUCUUCCCCCAUGCUGUGGUGAAUUCCUAAGUUUGAAAGUGAGAAUUUCCACAAAUUC